CAGCGCUGUGACCCACAAGAGGCAGCUGGAGACCCCCAGGAUGGACGCCCUGGCCAGAGCGGCUGCCCUGCUCAGGCAGCUGUGCCAGGCCCGGGGAGCCCGCUGCAUUGUGGUGCACGGAGCUGGCUCCUUCGGACAUUUCCAAGCCAAAGCUCAUGGUGUGGAUGCUGGAUUCGUGGGGGACACAGCCGGGACUGAGAGCCUGAGGAAGGGGCUCUGUCUGACCCGCCUCUCUGUGACCAAGCUCAAUCAUCUGGUGACAGAGGAGCUGGUGAAGGGAGGGGUCCCAGCUGUGGGAAUGUCGCCCUUUGGAAGCUGGAUGACAGCAGGGAGGACAGUGAGCCGGGCGAACAUCACUGCACUCCGGGACUGCCUGAGGGCUGGCUACAUCCCCGUCCUGCAUGGCGACUGUGUCCUGGACUCAGAGCAGCACUGCACCAUCCUGUCUGGGGACACGGUCAUUGAGGUUCUGUGCCAGGAAUUCACCCCACAGAGGGUGGUUUUCCUUACUGACGUGGAUGGGAUCUAUGACCGCCCGCCGGACAUCCCAGGAGCCAAGCUGCUGGACUCCAUUGACAUCCAGCCCGACGGGAGCCUAGCAUGUGCCAUCCAGUCGAACUCCCUGCCCCAUGACACCACAGGUGGCAUCGCGAGGAAACUGGGGGCAGCAGCUGCCAUCAUCACCCAGAGCCGGGGGGCCACGACCGUGUUCAUCUGCCGGCUGGAAGGGCCGGGGGCUGAGGGGGCCUGCCUGCGGGGGCUCAUAGGGCUGGCUGAGGGUACCCAGCUCUCCCUGGCUGCUCCCUGAAUGAAAACAGCCUGGCAGGAUGGGAUGGGCUGAGUUUGGGGGCAGCUGGCAACACGCAGGGGGACCCCGGAGGACCCAGGCCAGGCCCCGAGAAGACACUGUUGGAUGGCUUGGCCUCAUUUGGGGUCAUCCACUUCAGUUGUUUUACCCCCUCAGCUUCAUAUGGAAGCAUUGAUUCCCUGGGGAAUACCAGUUCCUGAUGGCUAAGAACCGGGGAGCUGGUACUGGGAGCUUGGCGGGGAUUCUCGGGGCUAGGGGUCCAUCCAGAGUCACGUGCUCAGUGUCAGCUCUGUCCAUACAUGAGGACUCUACAGGUACUGGACAUUUGGAGAAUGGGGUGAAGGGAAGUUGGAGCAAGCAGAAGUCAGGGGGCCCAGAACAAAGGGGCAUAGACAUUGCCAUGCUUUUGGGAGGCAGGUCAGUGGUCACAUGAGACUUCUCUGUAGGCAUCACCUCAGUGGGCCAGCUCACUGGCCUAGGCCAAUAACUCACUUUGGGUCCUCCACCUUGUCCUGUUUGACCCUAUAUAGAUAGCAAGGAGGAGAGUUGCUCUGCUCCUACCUUUCUGGGGGAGGUACCCCCUAAUCUGUCUGUCUAACUGCAACCCAGCUCCUCUCAUCUCCUCCCACCUGCAAGACAUCUCUCUCCGAAUCUCCUGCCAGCACCCCAAGCUCAGUACAUCCAAAAUGGAACACCUCCUCAUUCUUCCUAAAUCCUCUCCUCUGCCUAACUUGCUCAUCACAGUUGACAAUGCACCAGCCUGCCUGUCUCUGAAGCCUGAGACCUAGACAGUAUUCUUGUUUCCAGCUCUUUUUCAAUGAUCACAUCCGGUCUGUUGCUAAAUCCUGGUGGUUUUUCCUCACUAAAUUUCCUGUAUCUGCCCUUUCCCCUGCUUCCCAGUGACUACCACUAUGAUCCAAGUGUUGUUCAUAUCCUUAUUUGACUACUGAAUCAGCCUCCUCACUGGUCUCCCUGCCUCUCCCCUCUCCCCUCUCCUGUCUGCUGCUCAGAUCAUCUUUCUAAAACCUUUUCCAUAUCCAUCUCUCCACUCUUUAUAAAUUCCUAGUGUUUACCCAUUCAUCUUCAUAUUAAAUAGAAGUUCCUUGCUUUUGACUUCGAAGCACUCCCUCAGCUCCCUCCCUUUUACCUAUCUACUCUCUUCUCGCACUACACUCCAGCUCACACUCUCUGUUCCAUCCAAGCUCACCUUUUCACUGUUCCUUGUUCUCUAUUCUCCCUCCUCUAGCACCUGAUUGCCUCCCUCCCUCCUGCCAGGAACUCUUUCCCUUCAGAUUGGGCAGAUGCAUAGCCCUCCCCAUUCAAAGCUCAUCUGAAAUCCUUUUCCAGGAGAUUUUCCCCAGUUAAUAUUUCUUUUCAACACUUUCAGAUGACCUCAGCCCUCACUUCUUCCCAUUGCAGUUUUGGAUGUUGCCAUUUUACAUACUCUGUUAUUUGAGUACUUCUUCCUCGUAUUUGUCAAUUUCUUUAUGUCUGUCUUCCCUCCUAGACUGUAAGCCCUAUAAGGGUAGGGAAUGGGCCUCCUAUUUUCCUCUCCCAAGCACUUAAUACAAUACACAAUAAGCACUCAGAAAAUAUCAUUGAUUAGCAAUGCCUCAAGACCACCAUUUAGGGUAAAACCAAUGUUUCUCAAACUGGGAGGGGAGGGAGAGUCAGGAGUGCUUAAUAAAUGACAAAUGAUGGGAAGGAGCCAAACCUAAAUGAUGGGGUAAGGGCUGGGUUGAAUGUCAAAGUGCUUGGUGGGUACAGACCCAAAACCCAAGUGAAAAAGGAUUCUAUUUUAAUAGUACACCCUUCCCCUCAACAGCAAACUGCCUUUUAUGUACCUGAACUAGUUGUGGGGGCCUGGGAAUAGGUUUGCAUAAAAAGUGCAUUAAAAUAUGCUUUUAAUUUGCAUAAAUAA